AUGCGAUCACGAACCGGCUGCUUGACGUGUCGGACACGAAAGCUUAAAUGCGACGAAGAAAAGCCCGAAUGUUCACAAUGUCGCAAAGGUGGCCGGGAAUGUCGUCCGAGCGAAGGUGUGGUUUUCCGCCAUCAACAAAACGCGUCGAUGAACCGGAACUCCCCAGAUGGUCGUGGUAGUCUCAACGGGUUCUAUUCGUAUAAGAAUACGUUUGACAAGGAUAGCGUGUGGCUGGAUGUUCCAAAACAUGUGAUAUUUGUCGACAACUCCGAUCCAUACGCCGAUGAUCUCGAGGCAUCACUGGCAGAUCCGAGUAGCGCAGCGCAAACGCAAUCCUCAAAUCUCAGAUGGGGAAGUGGAGACACUCGAACUAGCGAUGCCGAGACACAGGGAUUGGAAGCUUUGUCGGCGGUCGCGACGCACGAUCGCUUCCCUUAUUCUUCCCUAGACCACUCCGUCUCUGAUAAUACCUCCUAUACCUCUCCAAACCGACGGCACAAUGCCGCUAUGCACCCAGCUUCGCCCUCCAUGUCGCUGUCGUCCACCAGCAACAAUACCAAUAUUAAUUUCCUCCUCAACCCCUCGCAUUCGAUGUCCCCCUCCAUCGACCCAAUCAUUCAGCUCUCUGACCGCCAUACCCCCCUUCCAUCAAGACCGGCAGCUUUACAGAGGAGCAUGAGCCAUAUGAGCCAUAUGAGCCACAUCGGCCUCAUGAAUCACACACCAGAUGACAACUCAGAGACCGAUUUUGAGACCGCUUUCUUUCUGCGACAUUACUCAGAAGGACCGGGACUGUGGAUGGAUCUCUUUGAUCUAGGGACAUAUUUCGCUUCAUACGUCCCAGUACGAGCAAGAACCAACCCGCUUUUGAAAUUCGCUGCCUGCGCAUAUUCCGCCAAACAGCUGGGUCGAGUGAAAGGUGCCAAGGCUCCGGUGGGCGGAGUGUGCACCCAGCAGGCUGCCAUGGAAUUGUGGCCUGACAAAGACCCCGACUUCGCAUGGUACGGGGCCAAAUAUUAUGAAAAGGCCAUCCAGUUGUUAAUGAAGGAACUGCAACCUGACGCAGAGGGUCCACCUCCAUUGAGCACGCCCGAGGCUUUUGGUCAAUGGCAGGCCUCCGAGCUUUCUGUAGAUACGGAUAACCCACGUAAGCGCCGCAGACGGGUUUCUGAUAGUCGGCUCUCGCAUGGAGUACAUUCUGAUGAGGUGCUCGCGGCGACGGCCAUUUUGUCCGUGUAUGAGUUCCUCGAUGCCGCAGGUCCUGCAUGGAAUCGUCAUUUGAGUGGCGUGAAGUCGUUGCUUGAUGUCGCUGAGGUGGGCAUGAUGCCUCUUGAGCAGCGUCCAUCCCCAGGGGAGAACUCAUAUCCGACCCAGACGCCUAAGAAGUCAGGUCUUUCCAAGGCUCGGAAGGCGACGUUUUGGAAUUUCGCGCGGCAGGACUAUUUAGCUGCCUUCAUCAAUGAAAGCCAUACAAGACUGAACACAGAUGAUACGGUCCUCUGGACCGAAGCAGGUCUACUCCUCGACAACGCGGGCUAUCUCCGCGCCAGCAAUACAGGCGCAGCAGGAUACCCGGAAGGCGAAGACAUAAUGAAAGAAGACCUAAUCAGCAACGGGCUAGUCUGGAUAAUAUCCAAGAUAGUCAAUUUCAUAAGCUCUGGAUCCGUCCCAGGGCCCCUAGGCGUCUCGCAGCAAGUCCUGCUAGAACGGUGGUACAGGCUUGAAUCCGAGCUCGACGCAUGGUACACCGGAAUUCCAGAGACAUUCCGGCCAUGUGCACGAAUAGACUCACAUAAACUCGCACACCAUCGCCCGUCCAACGAAAACGAAGACAUCUCCACCCUCCAAGAAAUCUGGUACAGCCUACCCAUGUGCGCCUCCGCCAUGCAGCACUAUCACAUGGCGCGGAUCUUGCUGCUCAUCAAUAAGCCGCACGAGUCCACUAGUCGUCGGAGUACCAUCACGCUCCGGCUCCAGUCAUACCGCUCUAUCGAGUCUGAGAUCGCCUUCCACAGCCGCGAGAUCGUGGGUAUCGGUCUCUCCCGCCCGGAUGGAAGCGUCAGGAUCAACUCGCUGCAGCCGCUCUUUGUUAGUGGGCAGUGUCUCACUGACCCGCGUGAGCGUCGCACUACGGUGCGUCUUCUGAGGAGUAUCGAGUCGGAUCUGGGCUGGGCGACUGAGUACCGUGUGCAACAAUUGCUGAAGGAGUGGGGGUGGGAUGAGGAUUCGACCUUGUCGCCUGGUUCUAGUUCCUGA